UACUGAGGCUGAAUUAUGAUAGAGGUUAUUUCCUUUUCAUUUGAAUUUAUUUAUUAAUCUUACUUGUUGAUAAUUUUAGUAUUUAAUAGCAAUAGAAGAAAUAACAACUGCAAAAUGAGAUUAAAUCCAGCACAUUUUUCUGCUGCCUCGAGUACAAAUGCUAGACGACCGCAAAGGGAACCUGUUCCAUUUCAAAUGUUACUGCCGCUGGCACUAAAAAAGACAGUUUCAGGAAAAGGUGAUAAAUUGAAGGAGUCUGCUUGUAUGCAAGAAUUGGCGGUAAUGUUCGCUUGUUUUAAAAAACAUGAUUUCGACCAACAACAAUGCUUGAAGGAGGUCUCAGAAUUCCAAAGCUGUUACUCUGACUAUAACAAGAAAAUGACCAUUCAUAGACGUCAAGGCAGGCAGGGUAUACUUGUUCCUGGUGAGAAGAACCUGACCCAUAGACAAGUGAAUCAAAUGUUGAAGGCAUUUCCACCAACUAAGUGAAGUGAUUUAGGCCUUUACAAGGUUUUACUUGUGUUUAGUCUAGUUAAAAUGUGAAUAUGUUAUAUUAAUAAUAUAGAUAUGUGAAGUUUAUUUGUUAUUACAUAAUUAAGCUAAAUAUUGAAUAACAUGAAAACCCCUUUGACUUGUUUACUUAACCUAAAAUUUACAUUUAAAAGUAAGGUAGAUUUUGUAAAAAGUUCUAUCUCAGCAGCCAAGCAGCUUACUUUGUCAACUUGCAUUUCGGUUGAAGAGUGAAAUACUUAAGCCAGUAAAAUUACAGGAUGAGACACCUUAGUUGUCCAGUACUGUCACAUAUCUACGAGCAUUAUCAUGUUAUGCCUAUGAGACCACUCUUGUGUUGCCAUGAACAAUAAUGAACAUGCCUGUGGUAUCAUCCAUGAGAUUGAUUGCCAUUUCAAUUACAUUUAAAAUGAUCCAAUAAUGGCUUGGAUUUAAUUUGCUUGUAGCUUUUAAGAAUUACAACAGUUUCCACUGAGGUUAAAACCACUAUCAUGUCUGAUGGAUACAACUACUCUAAGGGCACCCUUCAGACAAGUUCUAUGUCAACCAGCCAUUGGCCUU